AUGGAUAUAGCCUAUCUUGAGAGGCUAGACUUCAUCUUGAUAGUGACUGUCUGUGAUAAAGAGAACCUCUGUUUAUAUGGGCUUCCAAAUGAGACUUGGGAAGUCAACCUGCCUGUUGAGGAGGUGCCCCCUGAACUGCCCGAGCCUGCUCUUGGGAUAAACUUUGCCCGUGAUGGGAUGCAAGAGAAGGACUGGUUAUCACUUGUUGCAGUUCAUAGUGACUCAUGGCUGCUUUCAGUUGCGUUCUACUUUGGUGCACGAUUUGGAUUUGGUAAAAGUGAAAGGAAACGUCUUUUCCAGCUGAUUAAUGACCUUCCCACCGUGUUCGAAGUUGUUACAGGAGCUGUUAAGCACACGAAGGACCAAAACGGCAGCAGGAACAAAUCUAGUAACAGAAUGCCUUCUCGUCAGCCUGAGUCUCAGCCCAAAGCAAUUAAGAUGGCAGCACCAAAGGAUGAGGAUGAGUCCGGGGGUGAGGAGGAAGAAGAGGACGACGAACAGGGGGCCACAUGUGGGGCCUGUGGGGACAAUUACGCCAAUGAUGAAUUCUGGAUUUGCUGUGAUAUUUGCGAGAGAUGGUUCCAUGGGAAAUGCGUGAAGAUAACGCCAGCGAAAGCCGAACAUAUCAAGCAAUACAAAUGCCCUACCUGCAGUAGCAAGAGGGCCAGGGUUUAA